CUUCCGCCCGUGUUCUCCUUGUCCGCUCCGCACAGUAGCGUGUUUAGGAUGGCGGCAGCAGGCGACUGUGGCGGGCAGCAGGUGGCCAGCGGGUCUGACACCUACCGCUCGCCGCUUGCUUCCCGUUACGCUAGCCCAGAGAUGUGCUUCUUGUUUAGCGACGGCUGCAAAUUCCGGACGUGGCGGCAGCUCUGGCUGUGGCUGGCGGAAGCCGAGCAGAUAUUGGGUUUGCCUAUCACAGAUGAACAAAUCCAGGAGAUGAAAUCAAACCUGGACAACAUUGACUUCAAGAUGGCAGCUGAUGAAGAGAAACGGUUACGGCAUGAUGUGAUGGCUCAUGUGUACACCUUUGGCCACUGCUGUCCAAAAGCUGCAGGCAUUAUUCACCUUGGUGCCACCUCCUGCUAUGUUGGAGACAACACAGACCUGAUUAUUCUUAGAAAUGCAUGUGACCUGCUUUUGCCAAAGCUUGCCAGAGUGAUCUCCCGGCUUGCCAGCUUUGCCAAGGAAAAAGCCAAUCUUCCUACCUUAGGUUUCACACAUUUCCAGCCUGCUCAGCUGACCACAGUUGGGAAGCGUUGCUGUCUUUGGAUUCAGGAUCUCUGCAUGGAUCUCCAGAAUUUGAAGCAUGUCCGAGAUGAUCUGCGCUUCCGAGGAGUGAAGGGCACCACCGGCACUCAGGCGAGCUUCCUGGAGCUCUUUGAGGGAGAUGAGCAGAAGGUAGAGCAUCUUGACAAGAUGGUGACAGAAAAGGCAGGAUUUAAGAGGGCUUUCAUCAUCACAGGGCAGACCUAUACACGAAAAGUGGAUAUUGAGGUGCUGUCUGUGCUGGCUAGCUUGGGGGCGUCAGUACAUAAGAUUUGCAGUGACAUACGUCUCCUGGCAAGCCUCAAGGAGAUAGAGGAACCCGUUGAAAAACAACAGAUUGGCUCGAGUGCAAUGCCGUACAAGCGGAACCCCAUGCGCUCAGAGCGUUGUUGCAGCCUCGCCCGUCACCUGAUGACCCUUAUCAUGAACCCGCUGCAGACAGCAGCUGUGCAGUGGUUUGAGCGCACACUGGAUGAUAGUGCCAACCGCCGUAUCUGUCUGUCCGAGGCAUUUCUUACUGCAGAUACUAUCUUAAAUACGCUGCAGAACAUUUCUGAAGGAUUGGUGAUUUAUCCAAAAGUAAUUCAGCGGCACAUCCAGCAAGAACUCCCCUUCAUGGCCACCGAGAACAUCAUCAUGGCCAUGGUGAAAGCUGGGGGUAGCCGCCAGGAUUGCCAUGAGAAAAUUAGAGUGCUUUCCCAGCAGGCUGCUGCUGUAGUCAAGCAGGAAGGGGGUGACAAUGACCUCAUAGAGCGUAUCCAGGCUGAUGCCUACUUCAGUCCCAUUCACUCCCAGUUGGACCAGCUACUGGAUCCUUCUUCUUUCACCGGUUGUGCAUCCCAGCAGGUACAGAGAUUCUUAGAAGAGGAGGUAUAUCCCCUGAUAAAACCAUAUGAAAGUGUGAUGGAGGUGAAAGCAGAGCUACGUGUCUAGAGCCAGAGGACAAUUAAACAAAAAUUCAUGG